AUGCUUGUGGAUCUGCGGUGGGGUUACGACCGGGUUAGAAGCCAAGCACAAGGUUUCCAGAUCCGGUUUCGUUUCAGCUUCUGGUGGUUUCACGGCGAGGUUUUGAAGCGGCUUGUACGACCGGAGACGGGUUGUGGGCAGAUGUACGCAGGCGGUGAUGGUGCUCUGUUCCCAGCUCUAGCUCGUGUGAAUGAUCGUGUUGAAUGUCUCGACGCUUCAUUGUUAAGGGCAUCAAAUGGCGAGGCUGUGCUCGGGAGUCAUUCACGACCUCGGUGUCUCCAUUUGAUCAAGGUAUCGGUGGUGGCGAUUGUAGCAAGCACUUGCUUGUUUGAGAUGUGGUUCAAAAUGUCGUGUGGCGUUUCAUACGAACCGGCUUUGGUGGCACUAGCAAGGCUUCUGGAUUUACUGGGUAAUGGUAGUCCCUUUGACUUGGGUAUCUCAACUGAAGCUACAGUGGAGGAUAGCUGGAAGCAUAGAAGAAGGAAUCACCGUGUUCUUAUUCUCAACAGAGUAGAAGAAGAGAUUGAGAGUUGUAAAAUUAAGAGAACGCAAGAGGAGGAUGUGUCAUUGUGGAAAAAUUCAAAAGGUCAUUACAAGAGAUCUUUCUCUUCGGGUGAAACAUGGAGAGCUACAAGAGAGAUCCAUCAACAAUGUCAAUGGCAUAAAGAGGUUUGGUUCAAAUAUACCACACCAAAAUACUCUUUCAUCUUAUGGCUUGCUAUGAAAGGAAGAAUGACAACAGGGGAUCGCAUGAGAAACUGGAAUGGUGGAGCUAACAUAAAUGUAUCUUGCGUUCUAUGUAACGAGCCACUAGAAACAGUUGAGCAUCUCUUCUUUGAGUGCAGUUAUUCUGCAGAGAUUUGGGAAACUUUGAUGAAGGGGGUUCUACUAGAUAAGACUACAGUAAAAUGGGAGGAGUUGAUGAGAAUAAUGAGAGACAGUUCCAAUGGGAAGAUGAAACAGUUCAUCAUUAAGUAUGUGUUUCAAACUUCACUAUAUAUGAUAUGGAGGGAGAGGAACAGAAGAAGGCAUGGAGAGAAGGCCUCGACAACGAGUUUGCUAAUAAAGCUCAUUGAUAAAAAUUUGCGGAACAAGCUUACACUUGUGCAGAGGAAGGGAGAUAUGGAUAUUGGGAAGGGGAUGAUCUAUUGGUUUAGCACAAGAUAG